AUGGCUCCAUUGACUGUCUCAAAGGCCUUGGAUCAAGCUAGAGAUAAUAAUGAAACCUCACCUGCCGCCACUCACCUUCUCGAGAAAACGGACGAGGAGGUCUGGACCAAAAUUCAGCAACAUCCAACCACAUAUGUCAUGAACAGAGAGGAAUAUGCUGUACUGAACUUCUUCAAUGAGCGCCACAAGAAUCAUCCUCAUUUCAAACCAGCCGUGGCUCGAUUCUGGGCGAACUACAAAGGCGAUCCGGCACAAGUCGACGGGACUAGCUCUUCAAGUGGGGCAUCUAAGAAGUAA